AAUAUGAAUUGGGGGGAUGAGAAAGCAAAGCAAGUAUAGUAUCCGAAAUGGUUGCUUCUCUUUUGUUUCAUCUCUUCUUUGUCACAUAGCUCUCUCUUUUCCAUUCUCUCUCUCCUCUCUCUCUCUCUCUCUCUCUGGCGCCAUUCUCCCUCACAACACACCAGAGAGCGAGCGAGCGAGAAUCACAACGAAAAAUCACACAAACCAUUUCACCAAUUUCAACUCUUUCAUUUUUUCUUCAAUCAAUUUUCACCCUUUUCAAACCCAAAACCCUAACCCCCUUUUCGUCAACGUCAACGCUUUUCCCCCAAAUUUUCAAUUUUUUUACAUGAUUUCGAAUUAGGGUUUGGGAUUUCACGUCAAUGGAAGGGAACGGAGCAUCAUCUUCAUCAUCGAGAAGAUAUGGAUUCCCGUCGGCUGCAAGCAUAAUUCAAGCACCGUUAUCAGCGCUGUUGGAAUAUUCCGGUAUUCUUCCGGCGAGGUCAAACCAGCAACAUCAACCAAUUCCCGAUUCUGCCCCUAACGAUGGUGAGGUUUCAAUUAGGAUCAUUGGGUCUAACGAGCAAGAUAAUCAUCGAGAUGAACAGGGUAGUCCACUGGUGGUGAAUGAUGGUGGUGGUGCGGCUGCGAUGACGAAUUCCUCAGAACAUGGCGAUGUCGAGGGCGUUUUGAGGACGGGGAGUGGGAAUGUUGAUGCAGAAUCAGGUGGUGGUGGUGGUGGUGGUGACGUUGGUGCUAAUGGGAGAGAUUCUUCUUAUCAAAGAUACGAUAUUCAACAUGCUGCUAGGUGGAUUGAACAAGUCUUGCCGUUUUCUUUGCUUCUUUUGGUGGUUUUCAUUCGCCAACAUUUGCAAGGGUUUUUUGUUACCAUUUGGAUUGCUGCUGUGCUUUUUAAGUCAAAUGACAUUCUGCGGAAACAAACGGCUUUGAAGGGAGAGAGGAAAAUGCCAGUUUUGAUUGGAAUUUCGGUUGCGUUUACACUUCAUGUGGUUAGUGUUUAUUGGUGGUAUCAGAAUGAUGAUCUAAUGUAUCCGUUAGUCAUGCUUCCUCCCAAGGAGAUACCGCCUUUCUGGCAUGCUAUUUUCAUCAUCAUGGUGAAUGAUACUUUGGCGCGCCAGGCUGCAAUGGUAGUCAAGUGUAUAUUGUUAAUGUAUUAUAAGAACAGCAGAGGCCGCAAUUAUCGUAAGCAGGGGCAAAUGCUGACUUUAGUCGAAUACCUUCUCUUACUUUACCGAGCCUUGUUGCCAGCACCAGUUUGGUAUCGUUUCUUCCUGAACAAAGAAUAUGGAAGCCUCUUUUCAUCACUGAUGACAGGAUUGUAUCUAACAUUUAAGCUCACAUCUGUCGUUGAAAAGGUGCAAUCCUUCUUUGCUGCGGUGAAAGCAUUGUCACGUAAAGAAGUGCACUAUGGUGCUCAUGCAACAUCAGAGCAGGUCAUUGCAGCCGGUGAUCUUUGUGCCAUUUGUCAAGAGAAGAUGCAUGCCCCAAUCUUACUUCGUUGUAAACACAUUUUCUGUGAAGACUGUGUAUCAGAAUGGUUUGAGAGGGAAAGGACAUGCCCAUUGUGCAGGGCUUUGGUAAAACCUGCAGACCUCAGGUCAUUUGGUGAUGGCUCUACUAGUUUAUUUUUCCAGUUAUUCUGAAAUCAUAUACACAAACCAGGAAGUUUUUUUCCUGCUUUGAAGCUUUACUUUUCAAAGCAGCAAUCCUGAUGGAUAUACAUCAACACAUGUAAAAUUCACUAGAGUCAUUUUGGAGACACUCUGAGAAGAUGAAUGCAGCUAAAUAGAAUUUAACUGGUCACCUGUUAUUCAUAUAAUGUACUUUUAAGAGGUGAAAUGUAUUAUAUGACCCUGUAAACUAGGAAGUUUAUUGAAUGUAUAAUUAAAUGUGAAUCUUCAUUUCCAAGGAAUGAAGGUCUUUCUCCCAACUGCUUUCUGUCAUUUAUUGUGAAUCAAAUUAGCAGUUAAUUUUUUUUUUUUUUUUAAUUUCUCUGCAAUUGGUUGUUUAGACACAGAAGUGUUUGUUACACUGGCAGGAUUUGGUUGAUAAUCUCACAUUUCAGUAAAGUUAA